UUCUGAACGGAACCUUUGUCAGGUUGAUGAACCGGAAAAGCAUUCAAUUUUAGUUACACAUACCGGAAGCCGUGUGCUCGCAGUGUCACAUUGAAGACGGAAGCUUCCCGGUCAACGUUAACUUUUGGACCUGUAUCUUGGCAACGCAUUCCUGAUGACUUGAUGUGGAUGAUCUCCAACUAUGUUUACUUCAAAACUCCUCCCUCGUCUUCGUUUCCUACAAAAGGCAACUUGUGCACUCACAGCCCGUGGAGACAUACUGACUGGCUUUGUGCAGCCAGCAUAUAGCUCAUCACUCAAUGAAAAGUUGCAACACUACUCAACCGCAGCCAACAACACAUCUCCACCUCGAUGGGUCCAACUGGAGCCAGAACUUGAGGAGACGCUUGUGCCACGUAAACUGUCAGUAAGUCCCCUGGAGAGCUGGCUCUCGCUACGCUACACUCUUCCGCCCCUGCUGGAGUCUUCUCAGCCCCAGCAAGAGCAUGUGGACCUGCUUGAGGAGAAGGUGCUGCCACCUGUGUCCAUCCCAAUUCUUGAGGGUGGGGACAGCGGUGUGACACCUCUCAGAUGUAAGAAUGUUCUGGAGAUUCGACGACGCAAAAUGAACAGGCACAAAUACAAGAAGCUUCUAAAACGAACAAAAUUCCUGAGGAAGAAAGUACAGGAGAUCAGGGGAAGGAAGAAGCAGAGACGUUUUGAAGAUGACCUGAAGAGGAUCUGGAAGCGAGCUGGACUGAAGACGGCUCCAGAGGGGUGGACCACACCCAAGCUCUUUAUUAAGCAAUAUGGGAACAGAAGGAACUGAAAGUCACAUCUUUUCUUACUGGACAGUAUUUCUAGCCAUUCUGCCGUCAAAACAGUCAAGGUCGAUGCUGCUGGUGUAGUUCCUUUCCAAUACUGCAGGUUGCAGCAUUGAGCAAGUCUGACAAACAUUGAGAAACCGCUAUGACCACAACUCCCUCAUUACUCAGUCUAGCCAUCCUUAAUGACACAAGGAAAACAAAUAAAAAUGUUGAAAUAUUUA